AUGACCUUAAUUACGCUUUAUUUGCAAUUGAUUCAAGUAGGCGGUGGUGAAACUGACGUCGGUGGGGGAGGUGGUGAUGGUGGUGGUGAGAAACACAUCGAAAAGGGUGGCAGUUUGAAACACGAAGAGGAACAUUACGAAUCAAAGGGAGAAAAAGACGACGAGGGUUACGAAAAGAUUCACGAGUACGAGAAGGAAGAAAAGGGCCAUCAUGACAAAGAGGAUCAUGAGGAUAGUUAUGAUGAGAAGGAAGGCCAUGAUAAAAAAAAACACGAAGAGGGUGGCCAUUACGGUGAACAUCAUAGUGGUGUAAAAGGAGAGAAGAAAGCGAAAUUUGAGGAAGAAGGGAAACAUCAAAAGGGACACAGUACUAAAGGGGAACAUAAUAUUUUUAAAAAAGAUGAAUAUGAGAAAAAACAUGAUUUUUACGAUGAGUAUCACGAAGAUGGUGAUCAAGAGAAACAUGGUGGCUAUUAUCAAGAACACGAGGGUAAAAAAGGAAGUAACGAAAAGAAAGGACACCGUGAUUCCGGUUACGAUGAGGAUAAACAUGGUAAAGAAUCGAAAUAUGAGAAGGGACAUCACAGUCAUGACGAAAAGGGUAAAAAAUCAGCCGAAGGAUAUGAUGAUCAUCAUCAUCUUGACGAGAAAUAUGGCAAAAAGGGUGGACAAUCUUUAGGAAAAAAAUAUUCAAUGAAUAACAAAAGUUAA